UUCUUUUUCUUCAACAUCAUACCUACCCACAGUGUGGCAGUGGCGGGCUAAUGCCAACCGCUCAUCUACUAUGGAGGCCCUUCCUACGGAACUGAUACACCAUAUUUGCACUCAUCUCUGCGACCAUUGCCAGCGCCCAGGUUCAUUUCCUCACGCCGAGAGUUGGGGCGUGCGUCGGAGAAAAGCAGCACUGGCCAACCUAUCUGCAGCAUCGUCACGGCUCCGCGCCAUCGCGCAGCCCUUGCUCUUUCAUUAUUUCGCGACGGGAAACAUGGCACCUCAUGGUUACUGGCCCGACGAGAGGCACGCGGGACUGACCAUGGAAUUCGCUGAAAGAGCCAAAAAGUUGCCUCUUUUCAUCCGCAGCGCCAUACAACGCCCCGACCUCGCUGCCAAGGUGAAGGCUCUGCAGCUCGUCGAAUUUGGUGCCACUACGGCCUUUACUUCCCGCAAGAUCGGCGACGAGUCCAACGAGAUGGACGUUCUGGCGGGCUGCAUGGGGCCUAUAUUCGAAAAGACGCGCCGUGCUCUGCCCGACGAAAGUCGAGAAGAUUCUGCCUCCUGGAAGUGGGUCGUUAAUCAGUGGUCGGAUGGCACCAAGCGGCGGGACCCCGUUCUGCUGGUCCAAAUUGCUCUUCUUCUGAUCCCUAACCUAGAGAGACUGAGCGUCGCUCACGACUUCUCCGGGUAUGAGUUCUUGGAAAUUUCAAAUUGCAAUGGGCCCCUUACAUCACUCAAGAGCAUCGCUUUGCUACCCUGGAUCGGGUACUUCCACAUUCAGGAGGCAAAAGGCCUCUUCGCCGCCGCCCCAAAUCUUGAGACGUUGUACGCCUCUAAUUGCGGCUUCAAAGAGCCAGGUUACUAUCCGUACCGUGGCGUCCCAUUCGAUCUGAGCCUGGGGAAUCUGCAAAAGUUGGUUAUCGGCGACCUUGAAUUCGUCGACUUGGAAGCGCUGCUCCCCGCAUGUCCUCAACUACAGGAACUCCAGUACGUCCGUCCAGAGGAUGAGGAGGACGACUACCAAGACAUGGAUGCGCUGGAAGUUUUGAUGCCGGUUCAGAAAACGCUACGCACGCUGAAGAUUAAGUUCACCCACUGGGAAAAAGAUAGCGCCCAUCUCACGACAAUCGAGUCCCUCAAGGGCUUUAUUGCGCUGGAGGAACUAGUCAUUGAGCAAGCUACCAUCCCGGAUGGCGCGAGGGUGGUGGAUUGGCUGCCACCGUCAGUUGAGCGUGUGCACUUUCGAGAUGUCACCAAAGUAUCUUCAUUAAUGGACCACCUGAGCCUCGUGGCCUCGGAAGCCCCCACGAAGCUGCUUAAAUUGCAAUAUGUCCGUAUCAGCCCGUGGUACCUUCCUGAUUGGAAUGGAACCGGUCUUUCCUGUAUAGCUUCGGUGGACGUCACGGCCGCGUUCAAUCAGGCCGGGAUUACGGUUGAGUAUGUCGCCCCAAGGAUCGGCGAGCAAGAGCCAUGGCUGGAUUUGGUCUACCCUGAGCUGGUAGGGAAGAUUCAAGACUACACUUAUUUUUGAUGAUGGAUUAGAAUUGGAACAGCGUCUACUAGGAUCAGCAAUGAUCUUUCUCCUUGUAACGGUCUCAGGUAGUAUAUUGCAACUAGCUGAUGACGACU